AUGAAAGACAAUAAACAAACUCCUAUUGAGGAUUUAGCAGAAUUACGAAGUUAUUUUGCCUCACAUAAUGUCGUACGAGAGUAUAUAGCGCAUACUUCGAAAGUUCAUUCUGUUGGUUGGUCCUGCGAUGGAAGGCGGCUUGCCUCCGGAUCAUUUGAUAAAAGUGUAGCAAUAUUCAUAUUAGAAAGAAGUAGACUGGCACAAGACUUUGUUUUCCGUGGACACACAGGCUCUGUAGACCAAUUAUGUUGGCAUGCUUCACAUUCAGAUCUACUAAGCACUGCAAGUGGUGAUAAAUCAGUUAGGAUUUGGGAUACUAGGUCUCACAAAUGUGCCGCAAGCAUAUCAACUAAAGGAGAAAACAUAAAUAUAGCAUGGUCACCCAAUGGCAGCACCAUAGCUGUUGGGAACAAGGAGGAUUUGGUCUCUUUUAUAGACACACGCACAUAUAAAGUGGUUACAGAAGAGCAGUUUAAUUUUGAAGUAAAUGAAAUCUCUUGGAACAACACAUCCGAUUUGUUUUACUUGACAAAUGGAUUGGGCUGUGUGCAUAUAUUAACCUACCCGUCGCUGGAGCUGCAGACGGUGGUGAAGGCGCACCCGGGCACGUGCAUCUGCAUCGAGCACGACCCCACGGGCCGCUACUUCGCCACCGGCUCCGCCGACGCGCUCGUCUCGCUCUGGGACGUCAACGAGCUCGCCUGCCUGCGCGUCUUCUCCAGGUUAGAAUGGCCGGUCCGAACGCUUUCGUUCAGCUUCGACGGCAGGCUCCUGGCAUCGGCCAGCGAAGACCACAUCAUUGAUAUCGGUGACACAGAGACAGGCGAGAAGGUAGCAGAAAUCCCAGUGCAAGCGGCUACUUUCACGGUGGCGUGGCAUCCGUCGCGGUACCUCGUCGCGUUUGCGUGCGAAGACAAGGAGCCACCAGAGAGAAAACGCGACGCCGGGAACCUCAAGCUGUGGGGACUCUCGCCCACGUGA